AUGUCAAACCAGCAAGUGGGAACCGUCUUCGACCGCGUGAUCCAAGAGGUCUGCGAUGCCUCCGAGGUGGACUUUGAAGAGAGCGGCGUCGACCAGCAAACGCUCCUAGACUUGCGUAAGAGCUGGCAGAAGAAACUCUCCUCCCUCGGCGUCGCACACUUCCCCUGGGAUCCGGCCCCUCAGCCCGCCGCUGCCCAGACUCCGAACCCCAUCCUGCCGCCCACCGUCCCCUCCAACGCACCUCGACCGGCUCCCUCGCCGCAGAUUCAACAACCCCAACGCCAUGUUCCUCCCCAGCAACUACCUCAGUCAAUGCCGGGUGGCAUCCCUCCCAUGCAGGCGGCUCCAUACCCCCUCGGCCAGCAGCAGCAGCCGCCGCGUAUCAAGACCGAGGCUGGAGUUGGAGUGAGUGGUCCCCCCGGCUACCCCAACAUGGGUGGCACCCCGAUGAUGCCGGGUGUUCCGCCUAACCCACAGUCCGCCCGCGACCGCGCGGCGAGCAUGUUACAACAGCGGUACGGCGCCGCCGCGGCCAACUCGGUGAACCAGCUACAGUCGCAGUCACAGGGGUCUCUGGCCAUGCCGGGUCAACCGCGUCCUCCCCACCUGCAACACGUCAACGGACAAAUGCAAAUGCCCAAGUCCGAACCGGGAUAUCGACCGUCGAUCGGCCAUACCCAAACCGACGGGCCUGGUGAUGACGACGACGACGACGACGACGGAACCGACGCGUACACCAAGUGGAAGGCGGAGGUGGCGCGCCGCCGCGAGGCCGCCGCCCAGCAGAAUGGUGAAGGCGAUCGGCUGCUGCGCGACCAGCUGCAACAACGCAUGCUCCAGAUGGAGGGUAACGGCCUGAUGCUGCCUCUGAGCGAACACACGCGCCGACCGGCCGGCCGACCGGCAGCUGGCCCCCUCGGAACUACCAUCACCAGCACCCCCGGGCAAUUCGACGGGGUAGACGACGAGGAGGACGAGCGGGUCGAGAACGACGAGGACGCGAUCAACUCGGACCUGGACGAUCCGGACGACCUGGUCGCGGACGAGCACGAUGGCGACGACGCCGUGGGACAGGUGAUGCUCUGCACGUAUGACAAGGUGCAGCGCGUCAAGAACAAGUGGAAAUGUACGCUCAAGGAUGGCAUAUUGACCACCGGCGGAAAGGAGUACGUUUUUCACAAGGGACAGGGCGAAUUCGAGUGGUAG